AUGGUCCCACCCCGAAGUGCCUUUCCAGCGGAGGGCACAAGGUUUGGCCUACAUGACGACAGCUUCGAGCUGGGGACAGAGUUGGGAGGAGGCUCUCAAGGCCGGGUGUACAUGUGCAAGCGCCUUGGGACAGGCAAUGAGUACGCUGUGAAGGUAGUGAAUACAAAAGCCAUUGAGCUAAGAGAGCGCACCGUGGCGAGCUUGAGGCGAGAAAUCACCGUCAUGCGGGAGCUGCACCAUCCUCGAAUAGUCAACUUGAAGGAGGCUUUCUGGGAAGGAAAUCUCUGCUACAUCGUCAUGGACUUGGCCCGCGGCGGUGACCUGCAUAGCAAGUUAGAGCCUGGAGCCGGCAUUGGGUCUGAGCACGCCUCCAGGCACAUAUCCUUGCAGCUGCUCGGCGGCAUCGCCUACAUGCACUCUCACAAGGUCAUUCAUCGAGACCUGAAGCCUGAGAAUGUCUUGAUCGUGCGCUCUGUCCGCAGAUCGGAGCCCGCCUACGAGAUGCAUGAUGUGAAGAUAGCAGAUUUCGGCCUGUCCAAAUGCCUGAGACGAGUCGGAGAACAAGAAGCAGGCAUGACUGCCUGUGGGACGCUGGACUACUUGGCUCCGGAGGUCGUGACAGGUCAAUACGACGAGCGGAUCGAUUUCUGGAGCUUUGGUGUCCUUCUAUACGUCAUGCUAUCUGGUCGUCUUCCAUUUGAAAUUGAAGGUGUUGCAGACAUCAAACGCCUGGCCGGGCAACAUCUGUCCUUCCAAGGGGUUUGGCGAAUUGUCUCCGAGCAUGCAAAGGACUUUGUGCAAGGGCUACUGCGUGUUGACCCUGGUGAUAGGCUGGACCAAAGUGGCUGCUUGCUGCAUCCCUGGUUGGCCGAAGAGGCCAUGAACACCAUGGAGGGUUCCGCCUGCGCCCAUGCAGAUGUGUUCAAGAGCUACGGCAGCUCCAAGAAGUCGUCGAAUGUGACGUUAACACCAACGGCAGAGCUUCCGGGCGUCCACAGCUCCAUCGUUUUGGAUUCUGAAGGACCUGGCUCGAAGCUUGUUCAGGUGCUGGCAGCAGCACGCGGCACCGCACGGCAGAUGGUUCGGCCUUCUGCAACCUUUGUUUUUGUUGCACCAUUUUUGAUCAUGACUGUCAUCCUUAUUGCAUGUUUUGCUGCAUUGUUCAGUUUCAGCGCGGACUGCCGAACUUUCGCACCAUCAGAGUACACUCAGGAUUCCUCACCCUGGCCAAGGACCAGCUCCCACUUCAGCCUCCAAGCAUCCAGGCCUGAUUUCAUCAGAGCUUAG